CGUGAAUUGUUUACAUGACACGUGGAUGCUUACAGAACACGUGGAUGUUCCCUAUAAACAUACCAGAAAGAUUAUGAUAAUUUAUACGUUCACAAGCAAGGCUUUUAGUUAAAAUGGCUGACAAUCUAUACAACUUGAUUUCUCUUAUCUUCAUUAUUAUAUUAACAAAGGAAGUAGCUUGCAAGGUAGUAAAUAAUAAUCGAGGUAAUAAAAAUUGCUAUGUGGAUUUAUCUCAUGCAUUGUAUCCAGGAAUGCUUGUUUUUCCUAACUCGAGUGCAUUCAGUAUAGUGGUUGUGGCAAAAAUUGGAGUCAACGAUUCUGUAUUUAGAGCAGAAAAUAUUAGCACACCUACUCACAUAGGAACUCACGUAGAUGCUCCUUCUCAUCUUUUUAAAACGGAAAAGAACAUUGACGACAUACCAAUUGAAAAUUUCAUAGGAUCCGUUUGUGUUAUUAAUAUUGCCGAUAAGUCUUACGUCGAUCCAUAUGCAAAAUUAACAAAGUAUGAUUUAGUGUUAUGGAAACAAUCAAAUGGUGAUUUUAGUUGCGAUUUUCUCUUAGUUCGGACUGACUGGGAUAGAUUUUGGGGUGAUCGACUUCAAUAUAUAGGGCCAAAUAAUAAUACCUUACGAUUUCCAAGUAUUUCUACCAAAGCUGCUAAGUGGAUCGUGGAUAAUACUAAUAUUCGUGGUGUUGGAAUCGAUACAAUAUCUGUAGAUAUAUCAGUCAACUUACCUGUUCAUAAAAUAUUACUUUCUAAACACUCGCUGGUAAUUGAAAAUUUAGCUAAUUUAAAGCAAUUGCCGUCAACAGGUGCCAGGUUAUAUGCUGUACCUAUUAAUAUUAAAGGUGCAAGUGGAGCUCCUGCUAGAGUUUUUGCAAAAAUAUAAAUUUCACGUAUAGACUCGAUAAAAGCCGAACUUUCUUAACUCGAAAUUCUCGCUAAGUUAAAUUUUACUGAUGUUUAACUUCAAUACGCUCAAUACAUUUUUUGUUUGUUUAUCUUCUUCAAAAUUAGUCAUUAAGCACAAAAAAACUUUCGAUUUAUAGAGGCAUUAAAUUUAAUGUUAAAUGUAAGCAGUUCAAUAAAAUGUAAAAAACAUAAUAAAAAUAUAUAGAAUAAAAUAUCAAAAGAUGUAAAUUUUAUAAUUUUAAAAUAACGAUUGAAUCAGGAAAAUAAACAUCUGUUAUUUCUGUAUGUUAAUGUGUUUGUGUAUUGGGGAGGACGACUUUCUUCACCCAAUUUCAAGCUUAAUAACUCUUGUGCCUUUUGUCGAAAUUUUCUGAAACUUUUCAAGAGGGUUUGUGUAUUAGGGAAAAUAAUGCUAGUAAAUUUUGAUGGUUAAAGGUCGAGAGGGUAGGGAGAUAGAGGGUCCUUAAAUGUCCGGAGUACGGUUAGACUUAAUGAAGAUUUUACUUGUUAUUAGCAUUUACAAUUUAUUAUAUAUAUAAAACAGAUCUCUAACUUCAAAA